AUGGGCGCCGGGAGCUCCACCGAGCAGCGGAGCCCGGAGCAGCCGGAGGCGGGGAGCGCGACGCCCGCCGAGCCCGAGCCCAGCGGCGGCGGCGGCGGCUCUGCGGCGGAGGCGGCGCCCGGCACGCCCGGGGACCCGGCCAUCGCCCCUGCGGACCCCGCCACCAAGCUCCUGCAGAAGAAUGGCCAGCUGUCCACUGUCAACAGCUUAGCUGAGCAAGGCGAGCUCGGCCUCCAGGAGGAAGCCCUGAAUGGCCAAGAGGAGGAAGUGGCUGUCACAGAUGUUGGACAAAGAGAAUCUGAAGAUGUGAGUGAAAGGGACUCAGACAAAGAGAUGGCUGCUAACUCAGCGGUGGUUCAAGACAUCACGAAGGAGGGGAAGGAGGAAAUGCCUGAGAUGAUGGAACCCAUCCCUGCCUCAGAAAGCAGCGUGGAUGAGCUGAUGCAACCCCCUGAGCCCCAGGCUAACGACGUGGGAUUUAAGAAGGUGUUCAAGUUUGUCGGCUUCAAAUUCACCGUGAAAAAGGAUAAGACCGAGAAGUCUGACAGCGUGCAGCUCCUCACCGUCAAGAAGGAUGAAAGUGAAGGGGCAGGAGAGUCCGAUGGGGCUGGUGACCACCCGGAGCCCAGCCGCGAGACCGGGGGCGCGACACCCAAAGACGGUGAACUGAAACAGUCCACCGAGAAACCCGAGGAGGCCCCCGGACGCGAGCAGAGCUGCACGGAAAUCUCCCUUCAGGCCGAGGCUGGUCAAGCAGCUGAGGAAGGCAAAGAUGAAGGAGAAGAGAAACAAGAGAAAGAACCCGCCAGACCUGCAGAUUCCCCGACUAGUCCCGUGGCCAGCGAAACCGCCUCGCCCUUCAGAAAAUUCUUCACUCAAGGCUGGGCCGGCUGGCGCAAAAAGACCAGCUUCAGGAAGCCCCGGGAGGAGGAGCUGGAGGCUUCCGAGAAGAAGAAAGAACAGGAGCCCGAAAAAGCCGAAGAAAUCGAAAAGACCGAAGAGCCCGGCGAGCAGCCGCCCGCCCAGGAGGCCCCCGAGAGCACCCAGGAGGCCAGGCUGUCGGCCGAGUAUGAAAAAGUGGAGCUGCCCCCUGAAGACCAAGCGCAGGCACCUCCCGAAGAGAGACCAGCUCCGUUAGCAACCGAGGUGUUUGAUGAAAAGGUAGAGAUUGUCGCCGAAGUCCACGUUAGCACUGUGGAGAAGGACCAGGAAGAGCCGGAAGCCGAAGCAGAAGAAACAGCGGCACUCUCGCCACCGGAAAAGUCGACCGAGACGAGCGCCGACCUUCCGGAAGCCGAGUCGGCAGAGAUGCUGAAGACGGAGGAAGACGCGGGCACCCUGAGCGGGGAACACUCCCAGGCAACUGAGCUUAGCGGGGAAGCAAAAUCGCCGUCCACGCCCCCCGAGGGCACCGUGAAGGAGGCCGAAAUGCUGUCCUCGCAGGAGAGAAUUAAGGUGCAGGGGAGCCCUUUAAAGAAACUGUUCACGAGCUCCGGCUUGAAAAAGCUGUCUGGAAAGAAACAGAAAGGGAAACGAGGCGGCGACGAGGAGUCCGGGGAGCAGCCCCCAGCCUCCGUGGAUUCUCCCGACAGUCCAGACGAACCGAAGGGCGGCGAGAGCUCAGCUUCGUCUCCAGAAGAGCCCGAGGAGAUCACCUGUCUGGAGAAAGGGGUGGCAGAGGCCCCGGGCCAGGAUGGGGAGGUGGAGGAAGGGACCACUUCCGAUGGGGAGAAGAAGAGGGAAGGUGGUGUUACCCCCUGGGCAUCUUUCAAAAAGAUGGUGACGCCCAAGAAACGCGUGCGAAGGCUCUCUGAAAGCGAUAAGGAGGACGAGGCAGACAAAGUCAAAAGCGCCACCCUGUCCUCCACGGAGAGCGCGGCCUCCGAAGUGCAGGAAGAGGCCAAAGGGAAUGGAGAGGAGCCGAAGCCCGAGGAGCCCAAGCGCAAGGUCGACACCUCCGUGUCCUGGGAAGCCCUGAUUUGCGUGGGGUCAUCCAAGAAGAGAGCCAGGAAAGCAUCCUCUUCCGACGACGAAGGGGGACCAAGACCCCUCGGAGGGGAAAGCCAGAGAGCAGAGGAAGCUGGCAGGGACAAGGAGCCGGGCCCAGAGGCGGCCGCUGCCGGUUCCCAGGACCACGAGCAACCGCCGGGAAGCUCCUCACCCGAGCCGGCCGGCAGCCCGUCCGAAGGGGAGGGCGUCUCCACUUGGGAAACCUUUAAAAGACUGGUCACCUCGAGAAAAAAAUCGAAGUCAAAACUGGAAGAGAGAAGCGAAGACUCUGUAGCUGGGCCUGGCGCAGAACAUGCAGCCUCAGAGGCUGAGCCGGGGAAAGAAGAGUCUUGGGUUUCCAUCCGGAAGUUUAUUCCCGGGCGAAGGAAGAAACGGCCAGAUGGGAAGCAGGAACCAGCCGCCGUCGAAGAGGCGGGGCCAGUGGAGGCCAACGAGGACGAUUCGGACAUCCCAGCCGUAGUCCCUCUGUCUGAAUAUGAUGCGGUGGAAAGAGAGAAAACCGAAGCCCAGCAAGCCCCCAAGAGCCAGGAGGGGCCCGAGCAGAAGCAGGUGGAUGUCGAUGGUGUGUCAGAGGAGCUCAGCAAGAGUCUGGUUCACACCGUGUCGGUGGCUGUCGUGGACGGGACAAGGGCCAUUAGCAACAUCGAAGAAAGGGCGCCCUCCUGGAUCUCAGCGUCGGUGACGGAACCUCUGGAACAAGCCGAAGACGAAGCCACACCACCAAGCGAGGAGGUGCUUGAAAGAGAAGUCGUCAUGGAGGAAACCCCCAUUGUUACCAAAGCGCUGCCAGAGGGCCAGGAGGCUGGUGAUGACACGAUGGCCAGCGAGGUGGAAUUAACCUCGGAGGCCGUGACAGCUGCCUCUGGUGCGGAAGAGACCGCAGACAUGGUUUCGGCUGUCUCUCAGUUAACCGACUCCCCAGACACCACCGAGGAGGCGACACCAGUGCAAGAGGUGGAGGGCGGUGUGCCUGACGCGGAGGACCAGGCGAGGAGGACCCAGGAGGUGCUGCAGGCCGUUGCAGAAAAAGUUAGAGAAAAGUCACAGCUGCCAGACGACGCCAUCCAGACAACCCAGAAAGGACACACCAAAAUACUGGAGGACGUGGAAGAGGCUGAGGAGGGUUCUCAGGCCCUCGAUCUGAAGGAAGUGAUGGACGAAGCAUCCAAAGGGCUUAUCCAAGAUACUGAAACUGAGACUUUGACACAGGAGAAGGUGGUUGCCGAGGCCACCGUGGAAAGCUUGGAAGAAGUUCCUCCAGGCACAGAGAGUGCAGAGGCCAGGGAGUUGGUGAGCACUUGUCUGGCUGAAACCGGAACUGGAGUAGAAGGAGAGACUGCCCCAGAGCAAGCUGUUGCUCCUGACUCAGCGGAAACCCUCACGGACAGUGAGACCAAUGGAAGCACCCCAGUAGCAGAUCUUGAUGCUUCAACUCUAAGCCAGCCAGACAAGAGCAUGGAUGACCACGAAGAUGGUGAGGUUCCAGCCGGCACUCAGUCCCAGGUCCCCGAAGGCAAGGCACUUCCUGCACUGAAAGAGCUGCCUGCAGCAUCUUCUGAUUUUCAGUCGCAGGACGAAAGGUCUUCAAAGAUGGCAGAGGGUCUAGAACACACGGAUGAAGAGGAAGGAACAGUGGAGACUGUAGCCAUCCUUUCAGAGACUGAGGUGAUUCAAGAGACUGGCCAGUGCUCUGACGAGGAAGCCAAAGAAGAACCAUCCGUGGAAGGACUUGCUGUGUCUACCGACACAGAAAUAACUGAGAAAAAAAUAACUGAAGUUGUCCUUGAGGAGGACGUUACUAAGAAAGUUGAAUUUCAAGAGAAUGGUAAUCUAGAACUCCACAGUCCUGCUAAGUCUCUUCCAACCCCAGCAGAGAGAGAGAUGGUAGUUGAAGGGAAAAGGGAGACAGUGGAAGUGGAAGCAACCGAAGGGAAUGAAGAGAAACUUGAGCACGAACCAGCUGUGGCCGUUUGUGAAGAGCUCAGUAAGCAACUGGUUCAGACAGUGAAUGUCACCAUCAUCGACGGGGAAAAGGAAGUCGUCAGUUUUGAAGGAAGUUCUCCCCUGCUGGCGUCUGAGGAAGAGGCAGGCACAGAAAUCCCAGUUCAAAGCUCGGAGGCAGCGUUAGCUCUGAUAGCUGCAGCCGUGGAGGAGAAGGUCUUAGGAGAAGCGAUCAAGAUUGUAGAAACAGCCGAAGCUUUGAAAUCUGCAGAAGCACGUCUAGUACCAGAAGAAGAGUCCUCAGAAAAAGACAAAGAUUUUCCUGCUCAGCCUGGGGAAGAAGAUGUGGCAUCCACAGGCACUGAGUCUCAAGCAGAAUCAAUACCAGUGAUAGUAUCUAUUACGCCUGGAAAAGACAUCAGCGCUGACCUGGAAGGAGAUGAAACCACAUCACAGAAACGGGAGUUGGAUGGAGAUGGUGAGCAGGCUGCUGGUCAGGAAGGCAGAGAGAGCAGCACAGGAGAGGAAGACGGCAAGGCGGAAAGUGAGAUUUCGAAACUUGAGAAGGAGAGCUGCAGACUUGUACAGAGCGUGAUUCAGACAGCCGUUGACCGUUUGGGGAGUACGGAAGAAACGGCCACUGAUGUCCAGACGCAGGCUCAACUGGCAGAAGCCGACAGCCAGGAAGUUGAGCAGAAAACGGAGAAAGAAAGCGAACCUCCGGCCUGCCUGAUGGAUGAAACACAAGCCGUAGAAGCCAAAGAGGAGCCCCCACUAAGCACCGGGGAACACGCGCAUCCCAGCGUUUCCAAAGAUACAAAUGAAGCUUCAGAGAAGGUGGCGGCCAUUAGCAUAGAAGGUUCCAGGGUAGACGACCAGCAGCUUGAAGAGGUAGCUCUCCCAUCCCAGAAAAAGAGAGAAAUCCCUGAAACCGAGUCUGUGCUGCAAGAUGACGGCAGUGCCGAGUUUGGAGAAAGAAAGAAGUCACCAUUUGAAUCCCAAGAAGAUGAAAAAGGUGAUGCUGCCGGUGACCCUGGAAACCAGACCUCAACCCCGGAGGAUGCUGAGGCCUCGGGAGGCUCGACCAAAGAGUCCCAAGAUACAAAUGGACCCAAACUGAAAGAGAAGGGAGACAGCCAGGAGGGAAAAGUGCAGAGCGAGUUGGAAAAAGAGAUGAAAACACAAACACAGGAGGAGACGCAGAGCCAAGAGAGAGAUCUGGCGAAACCCGAACCCACGGAAUCUUAA